GCCGACGCAGACAUUUUAAAAUAAACAUUUAGCUAACGGCUAAAUGCUACACCACCAAAGCGCUCGCGAAGGGGCGAGCGCGCUGCGCCACAAAAUACAUUCAUACCCAAGGUUUGUCAGGUUUUUUACGGUUUAACGAACGGCGCUUUGCGGGGAAUAAACGCACGAAGAUGUUGAGGAGUCUGGCGCCGGGGAAAGGAGCUCGUUAACACCGUGGUGAGUGCCUGUCAAGGCACCUUGGUCCACAUUUGUUGGAACGAGCAUGAAGAUGGCUGAUUCGGAGAAGGCAGAGGAAUUUGUUGAUGCAGAGUGUCCCUCUGAGCGCCUCGACGAAGCACAAUCAGCCACCACGUCUGUCCAAGAUGAACAUCUAAAAACCGAGACCACCACGAGUACCAGCUCCCCAGCAAGGGAAAAGGAGGAUGACAGCCCCUUGUACACGGAGGGUGAGCAGAGUCUCCUCUCCAUGCCCUGUUUGAUGAAGGAGCUCCGCAGAGACUCGCCCGAGUCGCAGCAGGCCUCCACGGGGAGCGAGAAACCGGCCUCUCGUCACAUCUAUGAAAGCGACUCCUCCAACCCGUGCAUGCUCUCCCCCUCAUCGAGCGGCCACUUGGCAGACUCGGACACACUUUCCUCAUGUGCUGAAGGUGCCGGAGAGGAGACGGAAACUAAAAUGGAAGCGGACCCCGCCAAGGAAGUAGAUCGGCAAACCAGUGGGAGGAAAUCCAGACGAUCGCGUUCGGAGAGCGAGGCGCCGCCCAAUGCAAUGGCGGCAAAAAAGAACCGCUGUCAGCCCGCGGGAGCGAGUGGGCCCGAGAAGCAGCUCAAUGGCAAGCAAGCCAAGGUGAAAGGCCACCGCAGCCAGAAACACAAGGAGCGCAUGCGCCUGCUGCGUCAGAAGCGUGAGGCGGCGGCACGGAAGAAGUACAACCUGCUGCAGGACAGCAGUACCAGCGACAGCGAGCUCACGUGCGAUUCCAGCACCAGCUCCUCUGACGACGACGACGACGACACUUCCGGAGGCAGCAAGACAAUCAAGACCGAUAUUCCAGCUGGCUUCAGACGUGCGUCGGAGAGAUCCAGAGUGGGCGCCCACAUUCACGGGCUGCUGGACAGCGGCGCGUGGGACAGGAACGGCAUCAGCAGCGUGCUGGAGGAGGCCAUGACGCGCUUCGCCGUCAUGCAGCGCCAGACCGAAGAGCGCUUCCGCGUCUGGAUGGAAAAGCUCGCGCACCUCGACUCGGACGACUCGUCCAAGCGCUCGAGCGACGCCCCCGAGGGCGGGCAGCAGCAGAACCCGCCGCCGCCCCAGGGAGCCCGACCUUCGCCCGCUAGUUCUUUCUUGCCGUCGUCCGAGUCCGCGGAAACGAUGGCCGCCUACAUGUUGGCGCGCGCGAGCGGCAACAACCCCGCCGCCGACGCUCCCGUCAACAACAACAACAACAUCCUACCUGAAGCGGUCACUCAGAAUGGAAACCUGGGCGUCGCGGAUCCUGGUCUCUUGAAUGUUUAGACGCAACUUCGAACUGUGAUUUCACCCGCGUGGAAGUUAGUAUCACGGCAGUACUACACGCCCGGAUGACCACGGCAUUUCCUGCUGGCAUUGAAUCACUGUGAGACUUGGGAAUAUUUGCAAAUCUGCACGGACCUUGUGCAUCCCGCCGUAAAUUGCCGAGUCAGGGCUACUCUUGUUUCCCCACCAAAACACUCGAUCUACUUUUGAUGUAUCAUUAUUACUAUUUUUUUUUUGUUUUUUUGUUUUUUUGUUUCCAUAAAAGCAGCUCCCCAAAAAGGCGCAAUGGCUUCCUGUGUGUAUUUCCCCCUUUUUCUCAAACUAGCCGAUGGUGUCAUUCUUCGAAAAAAUAUAGCCGCUACAUACUGUGAGACUUCGGACUACAGUGGCGCCGUUAAAAACAUGAGUGCACUUUUUGCGGUCACGCUCGUACCUUUACUCAAAUCUCAAAUCGUCUUCCCCCAAUUAAAUGAAUUUUUUUAAAAAAUGCCACUUUUUAAGGAGGAAAGAUGGCUCUCAAAAAUAUUGCACUUAAUAAAUAGGUACAAUGAAAAUGUCAUGAAAUGUGAAGAAAACAAAAUGGCAUCAUGAUUAAUUGAUCGUGAUUGUGACAGUAAUUAGGUCGUGCAAAUACACGGAGCCGGUCCCAAAUCCUCAAUAAGCUGCAGUAAACGUACUCAUUUUUCGCAGAAGAUACAGAAUGGAUCUGCCUGUGAGUACUGUUACAGCUUUGCUCCCCUGUUUUAUGUUCAAAUAUCCGUUGCUUACAGAAGUUACAACACCGAUGCUAUUUAUUCGCUUGUCGAAGGUGUUUUGCGUAUUUUGUUAGCAUUGAGCCAAGUCAGUCAGACUUAAGGCAAAGAAAGCUAUGUGGUUUGUAAUACACGUCAUUGUUUUGUUUUGUUUUUUAUGCUUAUUUGACAGAAUUACAUUACAACGCUUAAUGCCUCUUUUUUUGCAGGGGGGGGGGCCCUCAGAAGUCACUUGUCACAUGUAUUUCAAGGCACCACUGUCAAACCUCAUGAACUGUUACGAAACACCCCAAACUUUCACUGCAAUCAUAUUUUGGCGGGGUCUUGAAACUACAACCACACACACACACACACACACGCAGGUUUCUGGGCCCCUUGCCCACCUGUAUGUUUUCCUCUCCCCUCCAGAUGCCCCCUGGCGCGGCCGAUUGUGGCAUUCUUACAAAAAAAAAAAAAAAAACACACAGCCGCCAUAUUCUCAUCCACACGGGCAGGGAGGAACGGCAGCAGAAUAGCACGGUGCCUUGUCAUUCAGCAGUCCCGCCGGCCUCCUCGUAGUGUUCAUAUAUAUAACCUUUCAUAACGUUUACAGCGUGCGUACGUCUCGUGACGGCCCUUUAUUGGCGUGGCGGAGCUUUCCGAACCACCAGCCGCAGAUUUGACGCAUGCAAAUCCAAAUGGAGACUGAAUCACAAGUCGUUUUGCCUUUUCAACUAUACUUUUGUAUUAUUAGAUUUGAGGCGUUUACGUUUUUGCUUGUUUUUUUGGGUUUGUUUGUUUUUUUAAGUUGGGGGGGAUUGGGGGUCAUAGUCGCUGCUACUACUGCCCUUGGUGUGCAGUUAACUGGGGAGAGAGCUACAUGUGAGUACUCCCUACUGAUAUUAACAGUGUCUCAUCUUAAGACACAGUGCUAAAAGCCUCAAAUUUUGUCUUUUUAAUUCUUAUGAUUUAUUUUAAUUUUUUUGUUAUUUGCGCUGUUUUUGUCAGUUUGGUCUUUGCUGUUAAAAGGGACACGUUUCGACUGAAAUGGACCGUUUACUUGUGACUGGAACAGAGUGCAGACCAACCGAAUAUUAGGGCCACAUGAAAUAAAAUCAAUCUCAAGGACGAAAUAGCAGCGUUACGAGAAUGAAGUUGUGAUAUUGGGAGUCUCGCAUUGAAAGAUUUCCAUGAUCAAGUUGUAAUUGCGCGAGAAGAGGAUUCCCACUCGACGCAAGCGAGGAUACUACGGCCGCCGUGGGCCAAAUUGCCGUCUUUUAGUCGAACAACCUUUUCUGCCAAUAUUAUGACUUUUUUUCCCCUCAUUUUUACUUUCGCUUUUAAAUUCAGACUUUAGUGCAGUGAAAUGACAUUCUUGCAAUAUGGCAACGGUCUUGCAAAAUUACGGUGUUCUGACUUUUGUUGCACUAUUAAAACAGGGCUCUUUUUUUUUCAUGAAGUCCAACUUAAGUCACAUUACAGCAGUCUUACUUGACCUUAGGCUGCCAAAAUUCCGUUUCUGACGAGAACUUUUUUUUUCCCCCCAUGCAAUAUUUCCACCUUUUCUCCAGACUUGUCUUUGAAUGUUACUUUUAGUUAUGCGCCAUUACGACUUUCUUCUCAAAAGCACUGCUGUCUUCUCACUGCUUUUCUUUACCUUGUAAAAUGAGCACUUAAGUCUUGAUGACAUUUUUUUUUCUUCGCGAUAAUCGACUUUUUCCUCCUUGAUUACAACUUCUCUCAGAAUGAUUUCCACGUUAUUCUCGUACUGUAGCUCUCCGCCUUCAUUCUCAUAGUAUAUGUUUCUCGUUUGUUUUCAGCAUGGCCCUAAAUACGGCUUGAUGCCUCCCGGCAGCAGGACAGAGCAUGACAAUGUUUACCACCUCCUAAAACUAAUCCGAGGGCUCAUUUGAUCGCCGGUGACCUAACGUGACGGUUUAAAGCAGCAUGAAGGAAUCAUAUUUAUAGCUCGGAUGCGAGCAUGUUUUUUUUUUUUCUUUUGGCAGUGUCGGGUGUUUUGCAUGCAAGUUCUAUUAAGUGUGGAAUGUGAAAUGCAGAGUUGCCACCAUGAAGCAUGCCAGCGUGCCAGGUUUAGCAUCGCUUCUGACGCAUCAGCGUUGCACUCCCCCCCCCCUCCCCCUUCUUCCAGAGUGUGUGCAUUGAGUGUGUUUUCUCUCGCUUGUGCAUUUAAAAUACCACGAAGGACAUUUUGUUGUCUGCCAAAGAGACAAUAGCAGUAUGUGGUUUUUUUUUUCCUUAUCUGGCCUUUUCUUGGCAGAAUUUUUCUUUCUCUGAUAGCUAUUCAGAGGUUCUUCACAAGACACACACACGCACACACAGAGUCGUCAGCAGGGUGUAUUGUUUUUGUUGCGUCCAAUUUCCAGGGUAGAACAAAUGUUCUUGUUUUGUUUGGCCUUUUAUUACCCAGCUGCUGUUUUGGUUUUCAUCUGAGAAAAGAGAGGAAAAAAAAAAAGAUUCUUUGGACGCGUUUUGUAUCUACUGUAUUCCAGUGUCGUUUUUAUGUGAGUGGCUGUUAUUUCAAGCGAAAUAAAUGCGAAUAAAAACAAAACC